CUCAACUCUAGUUACUUUCCUUUUUGGGUUCUUUCUCUCUAUCAACCCUUCACAAAACUUACACACCCAGGAAUCCACAUUGCACAUUUGUCAGCCAAACCCUAUAACUCUGCUUUCUUUUUCUAAAAGAUUGUUAUCUACUCAAACCCAUCUUUAAACCAUCAAACUUUACCAAUUCUAGUUAUCUGAGUGAGUGAGCGAGUACAUAUUUGAUUUUUUAUUCAGAAUGGGAACAAAAGAUCUAAAAGCAAAGCAUGAAUAUGAGAUGAACAAAUGUCACACGAACCAGGCAAUGUAUUCACCAAAACCUUUCUAAAAAUAGCAAAAACAAAGGGCUACCUUUCUCUUUAACCCAAAACCCUCCAUUUCGCGAUUGCCGAGCGUCCAUUACCGGGUAGUUUCCAUCUGCACAGCCAGAGAGAAGCACUCUCUCUCACAGAAAUCUAAAGCCUUAUUUUUUCGUUUUCCUUUUUUGUUCAGCCAAUUGAGCUAAGGCCCAAAAACCCUAAUGAUGGCUGCAAAUACUCCUAGUGUUCAUGAGAAACCCGAGGCCUUUGCUUUGGUGGCAGGUGUUGAGGGUGUCACUGUGGAGGGGGACAACACCCACCAACCAUCGGGUCGGUCCGGGUUGACCCGUGAGCUUGUCGCUGCUGUGCCAAGCUUUGGUGUUAACAGGAAGAAAAGGAUGGCCAGACAGAGGAGAUCAUCCUCCACCAUCAAACUUCUCUCUUUCACUAACUCCUCCAGUAGCUCGCAUGUGCCAUCCUCCACUCACCCCACACGUGUUAUUGAUCCAAAGAGAUUGAGGUUCCUUUUCCAGAAGGAACUUAAGAAUAGCGACGUAAGCUCCCUCCGAAGAAUGAUACUCCCAAAGAGGGCAGCGGAGGCUCACUUACCUGUCCUUGAAUCCAAAGAAGGGAUCCUUAUCAGCAUGGAUGACUUAGAUGGCCUGCAUGUGUGGAGCUUCAAGUAUAGGUUUUGGCCAAAUAACAACAGCCGUAUGUAUGUACUCGAAAAUACUGGUGAAUUUGUUAACACACACGGAUUACAACUUGGGGAUUUCAUCAUGGUGUAUCAAGAUAGUCAAAAUCAAAAUUAUGUAAUCCAGGCUAAGAAGGCCUCUGAUCAAGAUGUACAUAAUGACAUAGAUAGAAAUGCUGUGAAUGACCAUUUUUUCCAUGAUUAUGAGGCUAGUAAAUGCAGUUCCUAUUAUUAUCCCAGGAUGGAAGAUAGUGGCAUGUCAUUUAUCUAUGACACGACCUUCUCAAAUGACUCUCCACUUGACUUUCUGGGUGGAUCAAUGAACAACUAUUCAAGGAUGGGAUCAUCUCUGGAAAGCUUUGGGUCGGUUGAAAACUUAUCCCUUGAUGAGUUUUAUCAAGUUUAAUAGCAUAAGUAGUGUUAUUUUGUAAAAACAAAAGCUGGCACAGCUUCAUCAUGAAAUCUGA